CAAAAUCUCACACCACAAAAGCGUCCCAUAAAAACACCAAUCAUCAAAACAAGGCCACGCACAUUUCCCUCCCCUCUCCACACUGUAGAUCAACGCUGGGGUGCACGCCCACUCAAUAACAGUAAAGCCAUUGCAAUGGCAAAGCACGUUUGCAAACUCAUCCGCAAAAACACUAGUGUCCAACAAAACAACAGCGCCAACACUCAGGAAAGAGCUCCCAUAAUCAAUUGGCAAAAAUUAUAUCACACCCUAAAAUUGAACACCUGUUAUGAAUAUGUUGUAGAUAAUUUGAAUAGGGUGGCGCACGGGCUAUUUCGUGAAUUUGGUUGGAGCUAG